GUAAGAUGGCGCUGGUUGACAUUGUUUAGAUUUUUACACGCUUUCUCUUUUCUUUUUUACUCGAUUAUUUUUAUUUCGUAAGAAAAAUGGACACUCCAUUGAAUCUGGCUCAUCAGCAACAACGAAAAGCCGAUUCAUUCUUAAAAUUGGGAAAAUUUGAUGAAUCGGUAGCUUGUCAUCAGAAAGCUACGGAUUUACUAAAAGAAGCUUUAUUACAAACCAACUCUGAGAAAGCAAAAGAAUCCUUGGAACUUCAGUUAAAUUAUCACGUUCGUCAGCAAGCGGUUGUUCGCCAUAGACAGCAUCAGUAUGAAACCAUUUUAAAAGCUAAAGAAACACUUUCCAAUCAAAUUAAUACUGGUGCAAUCUCUAAUGCAGCUAAUGUCGAAUCACCUCGCAGUUUAAAAAUAGGAAUAGAAACUGCAAUCUAUCGAACUAUGGCAGAAAACGAUUCUCUGUUACAAGUUCUAAUGUAUCGUCCUUCCACUAAUGGAGACAAAAUUGUAGAGAACAUGAACGAUAGUAAAGAUACUACUAAUCUUUCGGACAUUGCUCAGAGUGCUGUAAAGAUGCCAAAGGAUGAUAAAAUGAUUAUAGAAGAGUUACGCAUGAAUAAUUGUGAGCUGCGUAACUUGGUUCAGCAACUGAUAACCGAAUUGGAACAGGAGAACCGAAAUAGUGAACAGCUUCGAGAAGAAAAUGAGAAACUGCACAAAAUGAUAGACGAUCUGCAAAGAAUGAAUAUUAAUAACUGCAUGAGACAUCUACCUGUUCACAUAACAGUCGAUUCUAAUUCUCCUUACAUGUUUUCUCCAGUAACCGAAUUGAGCCCCGGCGGAAGCAUGCGAGAUUUGCCUACCUUACCACCUUUGGACUUGCCGACAUUUGAUUUUAAUACAUGAAAAUUUAUACAUAGAUAAUACAUGUGUUAAUAAUUGUUUCAAGCUUCUGGAAAAUGAAAUUACAAUGCCCAUAAAGAACAUUCACUGCCUCUUAAAUCUUGUGAUUACUAUAAACUUUGUAGAUGUAAUUUAACUUGUAUUGAUCUAUCUUAAUGCGUCCCUGGUGAUUAAAGUGAUUCUUUACAAUGUAUCGAUUAAUUUUAAAGUUUCUGAAUAGAAUUUAUGUUUGAAUUACAGAAAUUAGCAUUUUAGUUAUUCCAACAGGAAAAAAAUACAAAUAUGUACAAUUUAUAUUCAGUAUAUCAAUGAAAUAUUUGCUCAAUUUGUAAUUUUUCCUGGAUAAAUUCCAAUUUUAAGCAAUUGGCAUUAAUAAUAAUUCACUUUAAUUUGUUUGAAAUUUAUUUUAGAUGCUUGAAACAGAUUAUUUUUACUUAAACUAUAGUCUGUUUGCUAUAACUUUGUGCAUGUUUCUGCAAGGAAUAAUUUGCAAAAACAGUACUCUUUGCUAACAAUUGUCUCCCGAACCAAGUUUAUAAUAAUUAACAAAUGGUAACAUUUUUAUUAGGACAUUUCUGUUGCUUAUACAAUGAGAUAGGUUAAUUCAGAAAGCUACAUUUUGUAGCAUACAUGAUGAGCUCUUUGCAUCUUUGUUUUAUGCACAAAGUUAGAGCAAAUGGACAAAAUAAACUUCCGUUUCUGAAUCUGUCUUCGGGGUCAUACAAAAUUGCAUAUAUUUUAUUUACUUUACUUAUAAAAUAAAGUAUAUUUUUGUUAUGAUAAUUUAACAAAUGAAC